AUGAGAAUGCUUCUGCAUUUGAGUUUGCUGGCUCUUGGAGCUGUCUACGUUUGUGUCAUUGCUGUAGAAAGUCCCAUGAAUAGACUGGUGGCAGAGACCUUGACACUGCUCUCCACUCAUCAAACUCUGCUGAUAGGUGACGGGAACUUGAUGAUUCCUACUCCCGAACAUACAAAUCACGAACUAUGCAUUAAAGAAGUCUUUCAGGGAAUAGACACACUGAAGAAUCAAACUGCACAAGGGGAUGCCGUGGAAAAACUAUUCCAAAACUUGUUUUUAAUAAAAGAAUACAUAAUAGACCUCCAAAGAAAGAAGUGUGGAGGAGAAAGAUGGAGAGUAAAACAAUUCCUAGACUACCUGCAAACUUUUCUUAAGGUGAUAAACACCGAGUGGACAACGGAAAGUUGA